AUGUUGACGGUGGUUUUCGCCCGAGAUCAAAAAAAACGCGAAGCCAAGAGGGUCAAGGAACAAGCCGAGGGAUUGAUUGAGGCUAAUAAGAGUGCUGGCAACCCCUGGGUCGACAACCCGCGGCACAUUGCGUCUUGGGUCCAUCCUCGGCGGCGAUUGUUUGAUCUUGCUUGUGAAACCCCCCUCCCUUCCGCGGCCCCAAUUCCCGAGUCAUUGCGAAGCAUGACUACAAGUUUUGGCAACUGA